CAUGCAAUGUUUCAACUGCAUAAACCUAUGCAGAUCUAAGAGGUGAACUGCUGAACUGCUGUCCUGUGACUUGCGGGAGUUAUCUUCACUUAGGUUAACUUCUGGCUGGUUUCUUUUGUGCCAUGUCUGAUAACAAAAAGCCAGACCGAGGCCCUAGUGGCUCAGAUGGUAAAAGUGAUGGAAAUGGAUGCUGUUUACCGGAACAGCACUCCGUGGAAGAAAUCCUGAUGUCUUUGGUGUGGCUGAUCUUCAUUGCUGCCACAGCAAGUUUUCUGGCGUUCCAGUUCAUCGUAGAUGCCAUUUAUGAGGAGGAGUAUGAGAGAGAUGUGGCCUGGAUAGCCAAGCAAAGCAGGCAUAUGUCCUCUACCGACGAGGAGGAUGAGGACACUGAGGAUGAAGACAUCACGGAUGAAGACAUGGAGGAUGAGGACCAGGAAGAAUUGGAGAACCAGAUGGAGGAAGCAGAGGAAUACAGGGCAGAAGAUGAGACGCACAUGGAAGAGGGUGCCGGAGCUACCUACCUCAUUGACUUAGCAACCUGUACCUGUGUUCCUGACCAUAAACUAAGGAAGAAUAUAAUCAGGUUUAAGGUGCUUCAUUUCUUCCGUGAGCCUAACUUCCUGGUGUCUAUACCAGUAGAAUCGGAACAGCCGAUUGAAUGUGAGUGUGAAGAUGUUGACAGAGAAGCUGCUGAGGAGAAGGAAGAGGAAGGAGAUGAAACUGCAAAUCUGGAAGGGGACCUGGACUCUGAAGAGGACUCCCUGCUUUAGGA